AACGAUGGCCGUUCCUGUGUCAGUCGCUCCGGAACGUCAUGAUCGCGGGUCCUUACUGGAAGUGGAAUCAAUGCCAGACCAGAUCAUUUACGUAAAGUUCCUCAUGAAGGGAAAUGCGAUAGAUACGCUGGAACUCCAGCCUUUGCAGGAUGUACAUCGAGGACGUUGUGCGCAGACAAGCAACUCGUCCGCGACAACCGACGAUACGGUUGUCACCCGAGUACAAUGCGAAUCAACAGUACAUCUUACAAUGGACCCGGAUAAGGCUCUAGAACUCGACAUUCGUAGUCACAACGAAUGGUCUUGGAACGAAUUUUGGUAUCCGCCCUCUAUUCCCAAUGAACUUCAACUCUGGAGAAAAGAGAAUAUGGCCAUACCGAUGUGCUAUUUGAUGGUUGGGACGAUGCAAGGACUGGUGCGGCCACUCCUCAACGUGUAUCCACUCGAUCUGAACGCAACCGAAGCUCAGCAAACGACUUUGGCUACCGUCGCUACACUCCCCGCCGCUUUGAAACUUCUCUACGGCUUUCUUAGCGACAAUGUUCCUCUAUGUGGAUACCGCCGGAAACCCUACAUGGCUCUGGGUUGGUUAAGCGCCUCGCUUACCAUGAUGAUACUUGGUUAUUCAUCCAAUCUGUCUAUACUCUACGCAGAUGACAAUCAACCCAUCGCACCCGGUGGUGCUCCGUCGAUUUCGUUCUUGACCGGUGCAUUUUUUGUGUUCGGCACAGGCAUGUGGCUAGCCGACGUAAUGGCCGAUUCUCUGGUAGCCCAAAAAGCUCGUUUGGAAUCGGAAAGUAUGCGGGGGUCAAUGCAGUCCUCGUGUUAUGUCGCUCGCUUUCUCGGACUUCUCUUGGCGGCUCCCAUUUCGACUCUCUUGUACAGUCGACACGGUGCGAGUCGUAUCGUACUGAUGCUGACAAUCAUUCCAAUAGCUAUGGCACCCCUCGUAUAUUGCCUGAGAGAGGAUCGAAAUGGUCCGAUACCCUCGACAAGGGACCAGUGCUCUGAACUAUGGAAAACGGCUUGUUCCCGAUCCGUCUGGCAGCCCAUGGCCUUCGUAUACGUCUUCAACGUUUUACAGGUGUCCAACGCGGCUUGGCGCCAAUAUUUGAAAUCCGUCUUGCACUUUACCUCCGCUGAAAUGAACUCGCUUUUGAUUGCGUCCUACGUCCUCUUGUACGUGGGGACGUUGACCUACAAAUGCUGCUUUUUGCACGCUAGCUGGCAACGUAUCUAUCAGGUUUGCAUUGCGCUCAACGCAUUGUUUUCCGGCUUGCAACUUUUGUUGAUUCGGAACGUCACUUUUGGCUUAAGCCCUUUUGUCUUUGCCUUGGGAGACGAUGCAUUUAGCGAAUUUUUGGAGGGCGUGCAAUUUUUGCCGGUGGCCAUUCUCAUGGUGGCGCUUUGUCCACCUGGAUCGGAAGGGGCGAGCUACGCCAUGUUCACCACCGUCUGGUACGGACAUUGUGUUUGUGUGUAUGAACUCGGGCAUGAUGUUGGCUCCAGCUAUCAGCACAGAGAGAUGUUGGCUCCAGCUAUCAGCACAGAGAUGCUCGGAAUUUGGAAUUGCAGCAAGGAAACAUUGGAGAGCGGCAAUUUGGAUGGAUUGUUCAAGCUUACUCUGCUGACGACUAUUGUGCAAACACUUCCGCUCGCUUGCAUCGGCUGGUUACCCCGCGGUCGGACCGAGCUGGAAACACUAUCGGAGAAACAAUAUUCAGGAAGCCCAAUUGGUGGUGGCAUCUUUUUGGCCGUACUUUUAGGAUCUAUGGCUUGGACUCUAGCAGUGGCGAUAUUGAACGUAGGCUACCCGGGCUGGGGAGGCGGAUCCUAGUCUCGAUCAAACUACAGACGGCAAUUGAGUUGAGAUUUUCCCGAUCGGGAUCUCCACUGACUCUUUUCAGGCCAUUGUUCACAGUCAAAAGCGAAAACGUACUCUGAUGUAUAAUCAUAUUUUUGUAACG